UGGAACAUUGAGAGUAUGGAGCCCGAGGAAGUGCACAGCAAGAGAAGCUUGUACAGCAAGGUUGAUGUGCCUGACCAUGCUCACUAUGUCGUUGCUUUCUUUGUCUUUGUAAUUGGGGCACUUGGCAUCAUUGGGAAUACCCUGGUUAUGUUUGCUUUCUACAGCAACAAGAAGCUCCGUAAACUCCCGAACUACUUCAUUAUAAACUUGGCGGUGAGCGACUUCCUGAUGGCUUUCACACAGUCCCCCAUCUUCUUUGUCAACUGCCUCUACAAGGAAUGGAUGUUUGGAGACAUUGGCUGUAAAGUCUAUGCUUUCUGUGGUGCCCUUUUUGGCAUUUCUUCCAUGAUAAACCUUCUGGCCAUAUCGAUUGAACGGUAUCUGGCCAUCACCAGACCACUGCAGACCAUGCGGUGGGGUUCAAAACGGAAAACGAUUUUUGCCAUCUUUCUCAUCUGGUUUUAUUCUUUGGCUUGGAGUCUGGCUCCUCUUGUUGGCUGGAGCUCCUAUAUUCCAGAGGGGCUGAUGACAUCUUGCACAUGGGAUUAUGCUACAUAUACAACAGCUAAUAGGAGCUACACCAUGAUGCUCUGCUGUUUUGUCUUUUUUAUACCACUGGGAAUCAUCUUUUUCUGCUAUCUUCGAAUGUUUCUAUCUAUCCGAAAGACUGGCAGGGAGGUUGAACGUUUGGGCACUCAGGUCAGAAAAACCACUCUUAUCCAACAAAGGUCCAUCAGGAGUGAGUGGAAAUUGGCAAAGAUUGCCUUUGUUGUCAUUGUGGUGUAUGUCCUCUCCUGGUCGCCAUACGCCUGCGUCACAUUGAUUUCCUGGGCUGGCUAUGCCAGCAUCUUAUCGCCAUACUCCAAGGCUGUCCCUGCAAUCAUUGCAAAGGCAUCCACAAUCUAUAACCCAAUUAUCUAUGCCAUUAUACACAACAAAUACAGGAUGACUCUGGCAGAAAAGGUGCCCUGUCUGUGGUUUUUGUUUCCGGCUCCCAGAAAGGAAUGCCUGUCCUACUCCAUCAGCGAAUCCUCUCUGAGGGACUCCAUCAUCAGUAGACAGUCGAACGCUUCACGCACUCAUUUUAUUAAUGCUAUGCCCAACCGCUUUGAUACGAUGUUGAAGGAUAUGGAGAUGGAACAUCUGGGGAGGAAAUCAGGAGGUUCCUUCAAAACCAUGUCAUCAUACAGGCAGUCGGACAGAGGCAGGUCCUAUAAGAGGACAUCAGAGCAGAAAAUAAAUAAAUACACACCAGAGAAGCAACUACCUACUAUGAGUGACCCACUUAGCACCUGCGACCCUGACCUGGUUUCCAGCUCUCUGACUAUUGCUACUCUACCUUUACUCGUUCUCACCAGGAGGCGCAGUGAGAGUGCAACCGAUGAGAUUUCAAACACAUGCAAUGACAAAAGCAACAUCAGGGAGCGACUGCACAGCCAGAAGAGCAGCUCUUUUGAUUCCCUGAAUCUUGGGAAAAAACCCUACGCUGAACCAAAGUCUCCCCAGAGUGUUCCUCGCAUAAUUGUCAUCAGUCCCACCUCUGAAAGCAGCAUUAUCAGCUCCAAUAGUGUCCGAUUCGAAGAUAACAUUGAGGCAAUGGAAAACAAUGUCUUUGUUAGUCUGAACUUUUCAACAGAAGUAUUCGAGGCAGUGAAACUACUUUCUUGACCAGAUGGAAAUAUUUAUGCUUUGGACAAUCAAAUGGACAGAUAUCAACGUCCUAUACUUUUCUCCCAGCAUGUUGAAUUAUCCUGCUUGUGACUAUUAUCACAGAAACUGCAGAGCAGAAGAAAAUCUGUGAGAUUAAGCAAGAUAAAGUUCUCUGGCUGGGAGAGAUUCACGUAAAAAGGCGUUUCGCAUGUUUCUAUGAGUUCUCACACACACAGAAAAACAACAACUGUAUUUUUGUUUUUCAAAGCUUGAUGUGCCACACAAAAAGCUUAUCUGGACUGAAAAAAUCCUCAAUAUAUUCUCCUUCUACUAUUUUUUAAUGAAAUCAGAGAAUGCAGCAGAAAUGCUGAAAAUCAGACA